GUAACUUUUGCUGUGGAGCGAAGGCUGCCGCAUUAUGUUUUCGUUCAUGUCUUGAUAAGAACUGCCUCGUGCAAACAGAAUAUUAUACUAAACCACCCAGAAUGCUUAUGUAAUUUAGCUUAUGUUGAACGGGACAGGUAUUCAAAAUGAACAAGUGCCAUAAACUCCGAAUCCUUUGCAUUUUGUUACUGGUUGUUCUUGAUGUUUUCUGUGAUGACGUGAGCAACAAAGUCUCGAGAGGUGACUUCUUAACAUCUAUUUGGCAAAACUCAAAGCAGCGAAGAAGCUUGAGAUCUGUAGGCAUGAGGACCGACGGACAUUUCCGAAUGGCACAACCGGCUCAGAUCGCCAAACCACCGUUUGAAUGUGGCGACCGAUUCUUGACGCUGUUUUUAAGUCCCGCAGAUGUUAGAAACCUCCGAAUUUAUGGACCGCUUGGAGAUCAGCUGUUCUUGGGUCAGUUAGCGGCUUUUUGUGGCGUGUCGGUCAAAACUACACAAACCGAUGUCCGCCUGCAAUUUAGCUACGAAAGCUGUUACGUUAAACAAGAGGUAGCUGAAUAUGUGGUGUUCCUGAGCUGGUAUGGCACAGAUAUGAAACUGUCCUGUCCUGUGAUUGUGGCUCCUCCUGUGGUCAUCUGUAAGAGAAAUGCAAUGGAAUUAACUGUUGUUGGUGAAGGGACAGCAGAUGUACUGUCUGUUGCAUUAAAUGGAGAAUGGGCUCCUCUGCUUUAUGUGGCUACACAGUGCUGGCAGAAAGAGCCAUCUAGUCAGGGAAAGCUCACCUUCUCGAUUCCAUACACAAGCUGUGGUGUGAACUUGAGGGAUGGAAACUUCAUUCUUGAAGUCAGAUCAAAAGACAAGAUGAUGUCCCUGUUUUGUCCAUAUGAACCAAUUCCUCCGGUCACGAGCACAAUGGUUCCUGUGACUGCGCAGCCACAAAAGCCACCUGUUGUAUACCAAAAGCCACUAACUUUUUUUCCUGCAGCAACAGGCAGUGAAAUUGUCAAUCCGGAGCAAGGAUUUAGGCAACCAGAAAGAACUGCAGUUAUACCUGCCAAAACACCCUUACGGCCAUCAAGUCACCGGAUGCCAAAUAAAUCCCCUCUUUCAAAACUUUUGCCUGGAUCCUUUAAUCUGGCAGUAAAUUUCCCUUUUUCAGUCCCCAUACCAAAAUGGCAGGCUGCAAUGCCUCAUAGACCCCAUCAUAGUAAACCAGCAUUUCCGAUCUCUGAUCCCACCCCUGAUCCCAUUCUUGAAACCACUUCUGCCUUUAUCCCUGAUCCUACCCCAGCUCCUACCCCAGCUCCUACCCCAGCUCCAGUCAGUGAAGCACCAUACCCUCAAUUAUACCCAAAUGUGCCGUUUCCAUAUCCAUUCCAAAAACCUGGUUCAAUAUUAUCUCACAUUAAGCCUUAUAGUCAAGAGUAUCCACGUGUGGGAGCACUAGUCCCAGGUUCUGCACAAUACCAGCAAUUAGUCUCAGCCCAGAGUCUUAACUUACCUCCAGCUUAUCAGUAUAAAGUAAACGAGGCUUUGUCCACUUUAAAACGGUUUCUUCCCCCUGGGUAUUAUCUAUGCUCUUAUGACAGUCAAAAACCAGAGGUUCUGCCACAAAACCUACAAAAUCCUGUUCUUCAGCCUACUCGGCCCUUUCAGUAUCCAGAAUACGGGUAUGAAAAAACGGAUAUUUCUCCGCUUGCACCUGUAGCACCUCUGAUAAAACCAUAUUCAGAACAGCAGUUUGCAAGUCCUGAAGUUGAUACUGAAGAAUCGCGUACUGUACCGCAAUCUUUACAACCCCAGCCAUAUUACCCUGCUUCUCCGUAUAUUCCCGUAAAUACGCAAUCUCAGGUGAGACCAUAUCGUCCUCACCAUGGUUUUCAAGAUGCUAAGCCCUACCAGCCACAAUACUACCAAACUCCUGAUCUCAGUCGGGGGUUUGCUAUGCAAGCUGCUGGCUCACACGAUUCAAGUCGUUCACCGUACAGGCACGGUCAAUAUUCCAGAUUCCCAUAUCAACCGUUAAAAUCUGCAGGUGACGUCUCUUCAGGACAGACCGUAUAUACUGGCCCGAGUUUUGGACCACGGUCUUUAGCUUCAGCUAGUUUGCAGGAACCAGAUUUACCAGGCAGUGGUCUUCUUGAGUCUGCUCCUCCAACUCCCCCACAACCUUCACUGCCUCCUGUAGAAGGGAAUUCACAAGUUCCUCAGCUCCCUUACCAUCAAGGUCCUUCUACCUUACGAUCAAGGUCUUUCAUAUCCAACGAAGGAUCGCUUCAGCCCAGAAGAGCAUCGCUCCUGAGGUCCAAUUUCUACAGGCCUCCAGCUGCUGCUACUGGCAAAUAAAAUGUGGUUUUGGUUUGUGUGUAGUAUUUGUGAUUGUCCUAAAAGUAAUAAUAUUUUGAUGUGAAAUUUUCAGGCUGAUACUUUCCAGACCUUUUGAAAAGCUGUUCUAAGAAGGAUGGUAGAAGUAACUUGAUAAAUCAUGUGUGAUACAAUAAAUGUUUUGUAAACUGUA